GUCCUGCCCUCAGCCUCCAAUCCUUAAGAGACAUCCAGCCCCAGCAAUUGGAUUGGGCAGCCCGUCUUGACACACCACUGUGCUGAGUGCUUGAGGACGUGUUUCAACAGAUGGUUGGGGUUAGUGUGUGUCAUCACGUUCGAGUGGGGAUUAGGCGCAGGAAGGCUGCCGCGCCUGAGCUGUGUGGUCUUCUCCAGGGGAGAGUUGCAGGCAGUAGAACUCCUUCGCCGGGGGAAGAAGAGAGAGAAUUCAUCUGCUGCAGCCUCCGGAGAAGCAGUUUUUCCAGGUACUGAUGACCACCCACCAUCAUCUGAAGACGGUGAACUUGGCAAAUGACAUGCAGGUUCUCCAAGGCAGAAUAAGUGCAGAAAAACUUCAAAGGAGGACCCCAUCUGCAGAUGUCCUGAGCACCUCUGAAUACAGAAACUGAGCGUUCAUCCAGGAGCCCCAAUUCAAGCCCUUCGCAAACUAGGACCCCGAGGCUUCUUGUGCGCUUGAGACAUUGAACCAAAUACCAUGAGGUCUUCCUGCUGUGCUCUGGUGUUGGCUGUCCUGGGCAUGGAAUUGCUGGGGGGCCUGUGUUUGACCGUCAGAUCGCCGAGGUUCCGAGGCCGGGUACAGCAGGAACGGAAGAACAUUCGACCUAACAUUAUCCUGGUGCUCACGGACGACCAGGAUGUGGAGCUGGGGUCCCUACAAGUCAUGAACAAGACAAGAAAAAUUAUGGAGCAUGGAGGGGCCACCUUCAUCAAUGCCUUUGUGACCACGCCCAUGUGCUGCCCAUCCCGCUCCUCCAUGCUCACUGGGAAAUAUGUGCACAACCACAAUGUCUACACCAACAAUGAGAAUUGCUCCUCCCCGUCCUGGCAGGCACUGCACGAACCUCGGACAUUUGCGGUGUAUCUCAACAACACUGGCUACAGAACAGCCUUUUUUGGAAAGUACCUCAAUGAGUACAACGGCAGCUAUAUCCCUCCUGGGUGGCGAGAGUGGCUUGGCUUAAUCAAGAAUUCUCGUUUCUAUAAUUACACUGUUUGUCGCAACGGCAUCAAAGAAAAACAUGGAUUUGAUUAUGCAAAGGACUACUUCACAGACUUAAUCACUAACGAGAGCAUUAAUUACUUCAAAAUGUCUAAGAGAAUGUAUCCCCAUAGGCCCAUUAUGAUGGUGAUCAGCCACGCAGCACCCCACGGCCCCGAGGACUCGGCCCCACAGUUUUCAAAACUGUACCCCAAUGCUUCCCAACACAUAACUCCGAGUUAUAACUAUGCACCCAAUAUGGAUAAGCACUGGAUUAUGCAGUACACCGGCCCCAUGCUGCCGAUCCACAUGGAGUUCACCAACGUUCUACAGCGCAAGCGGCUGCAGACGCUCCUGUCAGUGGACGACUCCGUGGAAAGGCUGUAUCAUAUGCUUGUGGACACCGGGGAGCUGGAGAACACAUACAUCAUUUACACCGCUGACCACGGUUACCAUAUUGGACAGUUUGGACUGGUCAAGGGGAAAUCCAUGCCAUAUGACUUUGAUAUCCGCGUGCCUUUCUUUAUCCGUGGUCCCAGUGUGCAGCCAGGAUCGAUAGUUCCGCAGAUCGUUCUCAACAUUGACCUGGCCCCCACGAUCCUGGAUAUCGCUGGGCUGGACACACCUCCCGACGUGGAUGGCAAGUCUGUCCUCAAACUCCUGGACCUGGAAAAGCCAGGUAACAGGUUUCGAACAAACAAGAAGGCCAAAAUUUGGCGUGACACAUUCCUGGUGGAAAGAGGCAAAUUCCUACGGAAGAAGGAGGACUCGAACAAGAGCCUCCCACAGUCCAACCACCUGCCCAAGUACGAACGGGUCAAAGAACUCUGUCAGCAGGCAAGAUACCAGACCGCCUGCGAGCAACCAGGCCAGAAGUGGCAGUGCAUCGAGGACACAUCUGGCAAGCUUCGGAUCCACAAGUGCAAAGGCUCCAGUGACUUGCUCGCGGUUCGGCAGAGCACACGAAACCUCUACUCUCGUGGCUUCCCUGACAAGGACAGAGAGUGCACGUGUGCGGAGAAUGGCUAUCGAGCCAGCAGGCCCCAGAGGAAAAACCACAGGCAGUUCCUGAGGAACCAGGGGACCCCGAAAUACAAGCCCAGAUUUGUCCACACUCGGCAGACACGCUCCUUGUCCGUCGAAUUUGAAGGUGAAAUAUAUGACAUAAGCCUGGAGGAAGAAGAAUUGCAAGUGUUGCAACCAAGAGUCAUCGCCAAGCGACACGAUGAAGGCCGCAAGGGGCCAGGGGGUCUCCAGGCUGCCAGCAGGGAUGUGGACGGGAUGCUGGCUGACAGCAACGCUGUGGGCUUGCCCGCCACUGUCAGAGUGACACACAAGUGUUUUAUUCUUCCAAAUGACACAAUCCAUUGUGAAAGAGAACUGUACCAAUCAGCCCGGGCCUGGAAGGAUCAUAAGGCCUACAUUGAUAAGGAGAUUGAAGCUCUUCAGGAUAAAAUUAAGAAUUUACGAGAAGUGAGAGGACAUCUCAAGAGAAGGAAGCCGGAGGAGUGUAGCUGCGGGAAACAGAGCUAUUACAAUAAAGAGAAAGGUGUGAAAAAGCAAGAGAAACUAAAGAGUCAUCUUCAUCCAUUCAAGGAGGCCGCGCAAGAAGUCGACAGUAAGCUCCGGCUUUUCAAGGAGAGCCGGAGGAGGAGGAAGGAGAGGAAGGAGAAGAAGCGGCAGCGGAAAGGGGAGGAGUGCAGCCUUCCCGGCCUCACCUGCUUCACACACGACAACAACCACUGGCAGACGGCCCCCUUCUGGAACUUGGGCUCUUUCUGUGCCUGCACAAGUUCUAACAAUAACACCUACUGGUGUUUGCGUACAGUUAAUGAGACGCAUAAUUUUCUUUUCUGCGAGUUUGCUACUGGCUUUUUGGAGUAUUUUGAUAUGAACACAGAUCCUUACCAGCUCACAAAUACAGUCCACACAGUAGAACGGGGCAUUCUGAACCAGCUACACGUGCAGUUGAUGGAGCUCAGAAGCUGUCAAGGUUAUAAGCAGUGCAACCCAAGACCUAAAAGCCUUGAAGUUGGAAAUAAAGAAGGAGGAAGCUAUGACCCACACAGAGGACAGUUAUGGGAAGGAUGGGAAGGCUAAUCUGCCAAGUCCCGUGGCAGAAAUCAACUGGCAAGGCCCGGGAGAUCUCUACGGUGUGAACGAAAUCGCCUAUGCGUGCAGACAAAACAACAGACUUCGUCUGGGGGGCUGGACUAAUCACUUGAAGGAUGUAGAUAGAGUAUUUGCACUGCUGAACAGUCACCAUGAGCAAAAGUAAGCAGGUCCGAAUAGGACUACUUACUCCAGGAGAUGGAGUCCUGGCCGCAUUUCCUGCACCUCCCCUGCAGUGGAGAGGCCCUCUGCUGAGGCAGACAAAGACCUGUGGGUGGGGACGCUCCUCAUCCAACAUGGCCAGCCAACCUUGGAACCCUGCAUUUGAACCAACAUUCAAUCCAGAGAACACACGUGAGUGGACUAUCAGCAUUGCAGAAGUACACCGUUGGUCUUCCGAACACUGGAAACACCAGAAAACUGACCAAGGGAUGGGGCACGAGGAGAUCAGUCGUGACAGCGAUGUCAGUGGCAACAGCCUGGCGGAGCGGACACUCCAGCAGAGCCCUGGUCUGCAGCCCAUGAACAGGUAUCCACAAGCAUUUCUCCAGGGCAGCGGUUCGGGAGGAGAUGUUUUGAAGAUCAACUCUAACUUCCUGCGCAUCCCAAUGGAGCCUUUGUUCAUCCAUUGGCCAGUGUAUCCACCGGGCAGCUGCCUACGAACUCCAGCACAGUGGAAAGGAGGUCACCCCAGUGGGGGAGAAUCACAACAGGGAGAGCGCCCAGGAUCUAGAAGGCAGUGCCUCCCCACUACUCUCCUCCGAUGAGAUGGAGUUACUACCCCAGACACAGUAUUUUUUUUAACUUAUUAGUCAACUAAUAGCUACCAACAUUCCAAGCGGUCCUACACACAUUUGUGCGGUAGAAAUUAAUGUACACGUGAGCUACCUGUACACAGCGACUCAUGUUUUCAUUUGCUAACUUUCAACAGCAGGGAGAGGUGUUUUGCUGUCUUGUUUGGUAUGGCACUUAAACAGUGUUAGCUAGGGAAGGUGAUGGGGACAUGCAUAUAGACAUGUUACCUGCUCAAGAUGGCUAGAACCAUGGCUAUUUCUAAACCUUGACACCAUCAGCUAACCUUCCGACACACCUCCACCGCCUGCCUGAUGUAGUUUAGACUCAUCUUUCACCACUGGAUUUUUGAAUGCCAUCAUGUUGGGUUUCGUGACUUUGCACUCUGAUGUCUGAAUGCCGUGCUUAUUUGGUUCGCCUUAGUGUUUCUUGCCAGGCUUGCCACCAUCUCACCGGCUGUUCUCGGUGUGGCGCAGUAAUGGGCUCCAAGGAUGGGCCCCAUCUCAUUUGACAUAACUCUUUAGUCAGGAGAUACUGCGUGUCUUUGUCUUCGACUUGCUAAAACGAAUUAGCAGGAGGGCACGGCUAAUGAUGUUGGCAGGAAAAGUCCAGGAGUAAGCCAAACUGAGAUUGCCUGAUUUCCCUGUGCCUAACCUCCAGGUAGUCCUUAGUUCUGUAAGAUUGCUAAGUUCUGGUACUUUAUGGACAGGAUGAAAGGAUCAGAGACCUUUAUCUUUUUCAUUGCGAGUUUGCUUUUGUGACAUGGGUAUUCAUCGUAAGUGUGCAAAAAAUAUGUUUAGUUGUGCAUUUAUCUACGGAGAGUAUUAUUCCAUAAAAUAAGUGUGUGCUGUUUCAUCGUUUAAACCCACCAUAUGUGAGGUUCCUAUCAUAAACGUGAUGUUAUGUGCUUAUUUUUAAGGCCAUUGUCAAGUUCUGGUGUUUUUAAAGGCAUAUUUCAAAAUUCUGAAAGUCUGUGUUCUUGAAAACAUGCUUGUUUUGUAUUAGAUCUUUAAAUACCAGCAAAAUGAUUACCUCAUUGAGAGAGUUAUCAGUACCCUAUUCAGCUUUCCAAGAAGGUUGACACUUGGUAUUUUGUCUUUUGUUUUGUUUUGCUUAAUAGUGAUUUUCUUUUCAUUCAAAUGCAUAGGUAAAUUAUGUCUCCAUUAAGUGCUUAAGGUAACCUUUUUAAAAAAUUAAUUUGUUAUAGUCGAAUCUUUGAUAACUUUGAGAAAGUCUUUAUCAUCGACCAUGUACAUAUUUGAAAUUAACUAGUUGUUUAACAGAUGUGUGUCAUCAGCUGAAUGACAGAAUCAACAUAUUUAUGACCAUGAGUGAUGUUCUUUAUAAAAAGAGUUCAAGUUAUUAGGAAGUAUACGGGGUUGUAAUCUUGUAUAAUACUUAGUGAUACUUUUAUAGAACAAUUCUGGCUUCAGGCAAGUCUAGAAGCAAUAUUGCUUGAAAUAAAAGGUGUUGAAACUGUAUUUGUUUCAGAGAAGUCAACUUAAA